GGUCUAGGAGGUAGUGUCGUUUUGUUGCACCGCGGGUGUCUGUCAGCUUGUAAAAUGUCAGCAGCUUUGGCUGGUGUUGAGGCCGUGGAUUUGGUUUCGCGAUUUAUUCAGUAUGUUCUUUUAGAUUAAGUGUAUUUUGAUAAUUGUUCGGUUGUUGAGAAUUGUUUAAGUUGGACCCGGUGUAUUUAUAUAAAUUAAAAUACGGUGGUUGUAAAGGCAUUCAAGAGACCCUAAGCCGGUGAUCUUCGCUCGUCUGUAAAAUAUGCUUAAGUUUUUAACACAUAAACUUCGUACGCAUUCAAUAAAUGAAGAUAACUAUAUUAAUAAGGGAGACGAAGACCACGACUCCGGCACUGAGUCUGAUGAACAAAUUGACAAUCCGGAAUUAACACCGGAAAUUGUAAUGUCGGAACAACGUUCUAGUGUAUCUCCAGCAGACACAGGUUGUUCAGGUGGUAGCCCUCCACCCAGCAUGGACACAUUUCACGAUCCACACAGUUCUGAAGAAGAAUUAGAAGUAAUAAAUAGUCCAAAACAGAGUAGACCACCGCGGCCUGUACGUGCCGCCUCUGUAUGUUUACCAGAAAAAAGAAAAUGGUCGCAAAUCAAUUCCGAUUAUACAAAUACCACACCCUUUAUGUUACACCACACAUCGUUUGGUAGCAGUAGUGGUACUAGUACUGGUGCAUUUAAUACCGCCGAAAAUGAGGAGAAUAUGUCCCAUUAUGGUAAUAUCAGUCCUAGAGAGAUCUCAUCACCAAUGUCUCCAUAUGGCAAAUUACAUGGUAGCACGCCAGACGAGACACCAAUUCCCGGUACAGAACAUUCUGGAUCAUCGGAUGAUGAAGUACAUCAUUUAUUACAUGCUAGUAUGUCUACUCCUGUUCAAUUUCGAACAUCACCACCACUUGAGGCAUUAAAGCCUGCAGGACAAUUGCAUGUUUUAUCAUCGUUAUCGUCAAGUUCUAUAUCUAAUAGUGGUAUCACAACAAACAUUGGCGCUGUGAAAGGACGUUCACUUAGCCCACCACCCAAACUACUUCAUUGUGAACUUAGUCCUAGGAAACGAUCCAGGCACGCUAGACAUUCACAUGUACAAAGGCCAUGUUUGGAUUUUGAAAAAAUGCAGCAGUUAAAAGCCAGGGGUGUAACUGCUUGGAGGCAUAAUGGGGAUCAUGGUGGAGAAUUAUCCGUGUUUUGCUGGUGAAAGAUGCCUAAUUGGAGUUUGUUGAUCCAUCUUUAAGACACCUCAAGUACAAUUUCCAAAAAAAAAAAAAACUGGCUGACAAAUUCAUACGGAAGAACCAGCCAUCUUAACAAAAAAUAAAUUUUAACAAAAUAUGUGACUAAUUCCAAAAAUCUAAAAUGAAAAAUGU